GAGGAGCCAUGGGUGAUAGAAGAAGAAAUGUUUUGGAGGCAUUCUCCAGGUUUUUGUAUGGACAUAAGUUUUCAACUCACUGGAGUAGAUACCAAGGAAUGUGGUUGCUGAAUCAUGGUAAGAAUAUGUUUCAUUUUGUAAGAAACAACCAAACUGCCCUGCAAAGUAGCCACAUCAUCUUGCAUUCCCACCAACAGUGAAUGAGAGUACCUGUUGAUCCACAUCCUUGUCAGCCUUUGGUGUUGCCAGUGUUUUGGAUUUUGGCCAUUCUAAUAGAAGUUUGGGAAGUUGAUGAACAGAUCAAGAAGCAGCAGGAAACACUUGUGAGGAAAGUCACAUCCAUCUCCAAGAAAACUGUGAUUAAGGAAAAAGUCAUUGAAUGUAAAAAAGUUGCAAAAAUAUUUCCUCUGAGUUCAGAUAUUGUUACUUCGAGACAAAGCUUCUAUGAAUGUGACUCACUUGUUAAGGGUUUGGAACAAAAUUUAGAUUUACUUAGUUAUGAGAAAGGCUGUGUAAGAGAGAAAAAUUGUGAAUGUAAUGAGUAUGGCAAACCUUUUUAUCAUUGCUCAUCCUAUGUUGUAACCCCCUUUAAGUGUAAUCAGUGUGGACAAGACUUCAGUCAGAAAUUUGACCUCAUCAGACAUGAGAGAAUUCAUGCUGGAGAAAAACCUUAUGAAUGUAAGGAAUGUGGAAAAGCCUUCAGCAGGAAGGAAAAUCUUAUCACACAUCAGAAAAUUCAUACUGGGGAAAAACCAUAUAAGUGUAAUGAAUGUGGAAAAGCUUUCAUUCAAAUGUCAAACCUCAUUAGACACCAAAGAAUUCAUACUGGGGAGAAACCUUAUGCAUGUAAGGAUUGUUGGAAAGCCUUCAGUCAGAAAUCAAAUCUCAUUGAACAUGAGAGAAUUCACACUGGAGAAAAACCCUAUGAAUGUAAGGAAUGUGGGAAAUCCUUCAGCCAGAAGCAGAAUCUUAUUGAGCAUGAAAAAAUUCAUACUGGGGAGAAACCUUAUGCAUGUAAUGAAUGUGGUAGAGCUUUUUCUCGAAUGUCAUCUGUUACUCUACAUAUGAGAAGUCACACAGGGGAGAAGCCCUAUAAAUGUAAUAAAUGUGGAAAAGCUUUCUCUCAGUGCUCAGUAUUUAUUAUACAUAUGAGGAGUCAUACAGGUGAGAAACCCUAUGUAUGUAGUGAAUGUGGGAAAGCCUUCUCUCAGAGUUCUUCUCUUACUGUACAUAUGAGAAAUCAUACAGCUGAGAAACCCUAUGAAUGUAAUGAAUGUGGAAAAGCCUUCAGCCGGAAAGAAAAUCUUAUUACACACCAGAAAAUUCAUACUGGAGAGAAGCCUUAUGAAUGCAAUGAAUGCGGGAAAGCUUUUAUUCAGAUGUCAAACCUCAUUAGACACCAGCGAAUUCAUACUGGUGAAAAACCCUAUGCUUGUACAGUGUGUGGAAAAGCCUUUAGUCAGAAAUCAAAUCUCACUGAACAUGAGAAAAUUCAUACUGGAGAGAAACCUUAUCAUUGUAACCAGUGUGGAAAAGCCUUCAGUCAGAGACAAAAUCUCCUUGAACAUGAAAAAAUCCAUACUGGAGAGAAACCAUUUAAAUGUAAUGAAUGUGGUAAAGCUUUCUCUCGGAUAUCCUCCCUUACCCUUCAUGUGAGAAGUCAUACAGGGGAGAAACCCUAUGAAUGUAGUAAAUGUGGAAAAGCCUUCUCCCAAUGCUCAUUACUUAUCAUACAUAUGAGAAGUCAUACUGGGGAGAAACCAUUUGAAUGUAAUGAAUGUGGGAAAGCAUUUUCUCAAAGAGCAUCACUUUCUAUACAUAAGAGGGGUCAUACAGGUGAGAAACGCCCCCAAUACUAAUUGAAGAGAGGCCUCACAUAUUGAACCCAUGGUUUGUUUAAAAUCUCUUGAUCUAAGCUCAGAAAAAUGAAAAUGAACAGUACCUUUUUGAAAAAAAGUAAAACUUUGUUGGAGAGCCUAAGACUUGAGUAAAAUGGGGAGAAAUACCAGUAUAUAGAUGGAUAAAUCCAGUAUCAUAAAAUUCUCAGUUCUCCUAAAAAUCUAGACUGAAUGCAGUUCUAAACAACAAUAAUUUUCUGGAAUCUUUACCAAGUGAUUUCAAAAUUCAUGUGAGAUAAAGUCUAUGAGACAAUUUUGAGAAAGAACGGAGGAAACCAGCCUCACCAUAUACUAAAUAUAUAAAAUUGAAGUGUGUUGUAUUAGUGCAUUAGUAGGUUCAUAAACAAGUUUUAAAGAAUAGAGUACCUAAAAACAGAUCCGCGAAUGUAUAUAUGACUCGGUGUGUAUUAGACAUGAGAUCAUGAAUUAGUAGGGAAGUAAUGGCUUGAUCAAUAACAAUUUGUGGAAUAUUUUGCUCUCCAUAUGGAGGGAAAUAAAAUUAUACACAAUCUUAUAAAGAAACAGUAUUCCAAAGGAUUUGAACACUGAAAUGAGAAAAGUCAAAUAUAAGAUUUCUAUAACUCUGAAGCAAGCAAGCUCUUUUUUUGGACAGAUCCUUGCAUUUACACUUCUUGAAUACAGCCUAUAGAAACAAAUGAUACAUAAGAAAUAUACACACAUGAAUUUUAAACAAUCUAAAUGUGCAUCAGUGAGUGGGUUAAUGGAUGGAAAAUGUGAUAUAUAUUCAACUGAUAGAAUAGUGUAUAGAAGUUAAAAUCAAUUAGAUCCAUCAUGUGUAACAUGGAUAGUUAUCUGGAACAAUGUUGAGUGGAAAAAGUGAAGAUAGAGAUCAAACAUAUUGUAUAAUAUUCAUGUACACUGCAAUGAAAUCAUUUACAAAGAACAGAACUGUUUUAUUAUUGAAAUAUGUAUGUAUGUAAACUAUUUACAAUGAAUUAGAAAAAUACAUGCCAAAUUAUUGAUAGUGUUCUCUCUGGAGGAGAUUGGGACUGGGGUUGGGUGUUAAUUGAAGGGGGCCUUUAGCUUUACAUGUAAUUUUUAUGCUUUACAAAAGAUGGUAGCAUAUAAAAUAAAUCUUAAAUUUUGGUGAUACAUAAUGGUAAUAUGAAUGACUUGUCUUACUAGUGUUUUCUAGUUAUUUCUCAAGCAUUAAGAGGCCAUGGGAAACCUUUGCCCAUAAGAAGAAAUGUAUUCAUGUGUCCUAUCAGAUGAUGAACUAUUUUAUCAAAAAUAUCUUCAGAAAGGGGCCUGGGGUUAUGGCUUAGUUGUAGAG